AAUGGGAACACGUCCAGAAGCAAAGUAUCUAUGCUACCCGGAGGUAUCAUGUUCGAAUCCCGUUGGAGUAAUUUUUUUUUUGGCGUUUUUUUCUGUCUUUAAGGGAAGGCACGGCCCGACUUAAGCCCAAAACAAAAGACCCAACCGGCCAACCCGGCAGGCAGCCCCUUUUCCUUUCACGCAAAGACCCAGCCCGCGGCAGCCCCCUUUUUCUUUCACGCUUUCACGCAGCCCCCCAAGUCCCAACCGCGAUUCUGCGAAGCGGCCAAACUGCCAAAGCCCCCCUGCGGCCCUGCCCCUGUUUUCCUUCCACGAAGAGUGACGACUGAGUGAGUGACCGGCGACGACAAGCAGGAAGCGGCCAUAUUAACCGAACGGUUAUGCAUUUUAUUACCAUAUUCGGUUAUGUAUAUUAUUACCAUAUUUCUUGUAUUUUGUAUUUGGUUCAUUUAGUGGCUAGAUUCAUUUUAGGUAUUUAUGGAUAGUAUAUCAUUGGCAUUAUGUUAGCCUAUUUCCAUGUAUAUUCAUCUGGUAGUAUAGGAGGUUACUCCAUGUAUUUAUAGUAGAUGAUUUACUCAAUGAAGGCAAGGAUUUUCACAUUCCAAUUUGGUAUCAGCAGCUCUAUUCUUCCGGCCAUGGCUUCCUCCUCCAAAUUUCACCCCGCCUUGGCCGUCUCCAAUAUUAAAAACUUCAUCCCCAUAACCCUUGAUCUUGAAACCGUGGAAUAUUCUUCAUGGGCGGAACUCUUCCGUAUUACCGCCCGGGCCUAUCAAGUCCUCGACCACCUACUGCCCGCCACCCUUGAAACCGACUCCCCUCCUCAAGCCGCUACUACACUCGAACAACGGUUGGAACUUGAAGCUGCCGCCGCCGAAGCUAAGGCCCUUUGGGACCGCCUCGAUGCCGUCGUCCUACAAUGGAUCUACGGCACAAUUUCUCACGACCUUCUCCACACCAUCAUCGAGCCCGACUCCACGGCUCACAUGGCUUGGUCACACCUUGCGGACAUCUUCCAGGACAAUAAACACUCAAGGGCGGUGUACUUGGAAAAUCAGUUUUCCAAUACCCGUCUUGAUCAAUUUCCCAACGUUGCCUCCUACUGCAAAGCCCUCAAGCUCCUGGCCGACCAACUAAGCAACGUCGGCGCUCCGGUCACCAAUAGUCGCCUUGUCCUUCGCCUUGUUAACGGACUGCCGGAACAUUUUGACACCGUGGCUUCCCUCAUCCAACAAGCCGACCCUCUCCUGCUUUUCUCCAAGGCCCGGUCCAUGUUGUCUCUCGAAGAGGCUCGUAAGAAUCAACAAGCCGGUAAUCCACUCGCUGCCGCCAUGGUGCACACGGACCGUAACCCCCCUCACUCCCCUCCUCGUCCCCAGUCUCUUCACCCCCGCCCAGAACCUCGGCACAACCGCUCUCGGGGUCGUGGUGGCCGCCAACGCUCCACCCGUCCUCCAUACUCGACCCCCACCCCACCACCCGGCCACUGGCCAUACCCCCCUAACCCUUGGUCCUAUUGGCCUCCUCACCCUUGGUCCGCACCACCCUGCCCAUACCCCUCAAACCCACUGCCACACAAGCAACCCCCCUCUAACCCCUCCCCCGGCAUUCUUGGACCACGCCCACAGGCCUACUACUCCACCACCGGUACCACCCCAACUGACAUACAAGCUGCCAUGCACACCAUGACCCUCACUCCGCCGGACAACAAUUGGUAUAUGGACACCGGGGCAACCUCACACAUGACAUCUUCCUCAGGAUCUCCGCACAGGGACACAAAUACUACGGUGCAAUAGUUCCGGCCACCUAUAUCCCGUUCGCCCAAGUUCCGGCUCUUUUCCCUCUCAUGCUUCCGCCCUAAUAACUAUCCCCGCUGAACUUUGGCACAGUCGCCUUGGUCAUCCGGGAGAUCCCAUUUUUAAUUUUCUCAGAAUGAAUAAUGUUAUUUCUUGUAAUAAACUUCAUGCGUCUGUUUGUACUUCAUGUGAAAUGGGCAAACAUGUCAAGUUGCCUUUUUCUCAUUCCUUAUCUACUACUUCUAAACCAUUUGAAAUAAUACAUAGUGAUUUAUGGACAUCUCCUGUACUAAGUCAUAACGGACAUCGUUAUUAUGUAUUAUUUUUAGAUGAUUUUUCCAAGUUCUUAUGGGUGUACCCCCUACAACAUAAAUCACAAACAUUCUCCACUUUUGUCACAUUUUAUAACUUUGUUCACACACAAUUUGAACAACGUAUAAAAAUCUUACAAUGUGAUAACGGCACCGAAUUUCGUAACCACAAUUUUAGUUACUUCGGUGCCACUCAUGGCAUUCAUUUUCGUUUCUCAUGCCCUUACACCUCCCCCCAAAAUGGCAAAGCCGAACGCACCAUCCGCACCCUCAAUAAUAUGGCCCGUACCCUACUCAUCCACGCCUCACUACCCCUGACUUUGUGGCCGCAUGCCCUUAAAAUAGCCACCUACUUACACAACAUCCUACCCUCUUACACUAUACAAUACCGCUCUCCCACACUUCUCCUAUACCAUAAAAUACCCACAUAUACUCACCUUCGUGUAUUCGGAUGCUUAUGCUUUCCUCAUACACUCCCCCUUACCCACAAACUUCAACCCCGGUCCACCCCUUGUGUAUUUUUAGGGUAUCCCGACAAUCACAAAGGUUACAUUUGCAUGACAUUAAAUUCUCCCAAAAUCAUAAUUUCACGACACGUCACUUUUAAUGAGGCCGUAUUUCCUUUUCACACUCCUCACAAAAAUCCAAAUUUGAACCCACCCACAUAUGACCUUACCCACCCUCUCCUACGUAUGAACCUUG